GGUAUUGGGUUGACCCGAUACAAACCCGAAUUCGAGCCCUUUUCUCUUUUGGUAAGAAUUGGACUCAGUAUCUCCGCCAUGGACGCAACGAGUCAGCCGAUUCUGGUACACUUUCUCUCCAAAUAGGAACUUCGUAAUUACCAAUUCCUAUCUAAUUUCCCUCGCCGUCCAACUCCUGCAUGGUUUGACCCGAAAUGGACUCUUUGCAAAGUCUCCCUGAACUCUCGAGUCUCUCCACCUCGGCCUCUUCCAUCCUCAACGCUAAACUCCGCACCGACUACGACCUAACUCAAGCACCGAGUCUCGUCUCUGAGUUUCUGACUCAGUGCGAUGAUUUGGACCGAAGCCUAAUCCACCUCAAUCGCACCCUCGAAUCAAGAAUCGCAUCUUACGCUUCCUUCUCCGAUCGCGUUGGCAACCUCUUUGGCGAUGUGAAUUCGAAAUUGACCGAUCUCGGCUCCUCCUUUUGUUCUCGGAGCUCCCUUUCAGAUGGAGAAGGAUUGGGAGAGGAGCUGCCGGCAUUGGCGAAGGAGGUGGCGAGGGUGGAAACUGUCCGAGCAUAUGCAGAGAUAGCGUCAAAGCUUGAUAAUUUAGUUGGUGAUAUUGAAGAUGCUGUGUCUUCUACUAUAAACAAAAAUUUAAGAAAGGAUUCCACACAAAAUUCAGAAGAAAUCCGCCUGGUUGCUAUUAAAACACUCAAACUGACAGAAGACUUGUUAACUUCAGUCACAAAGGCACGCCCCCAAUGGGCACGUCUAGUCUCAGCUGUUGAUCACAGAGUAGAUCGAGCUCUAGCAAUAUUAAGACCCCAGGCAAUCGCAGAUCAUCGAGCCCUUCUAACAUCCCUUAGAUGGCCACCACCACUUUCCAAUUUGACUUCCUCAAGUCUGGAUACAAGGAAAUCAAAUGAAGUCCCAAAUCCUCUUUUUACAAUGCAAGGUGAUCUCAAACACCAGUACUGUGAAAACUUUCUUGCCCUGUGCCGCCUGCAGGAGUUGCAGAGACAAAGAAAAUCUCGGCAACUUGAGGGCCAUAAUUGGGAGGUUGCUCUUCACCAACCACUUUGGGCAAUUGAAGAGCUUGUCAAUCCUGUAUCUGUUGCAUCCCAAAGCCAUUUUUCAAAGUGGAUUGAUAAACCAGAAUUCAUUUUUGCUCUGGUGUAUAAAAUUACACGGGAUUAUGUUGAUUCUAUGGACGAGUUAUUACAACCAUUGGUUGACGAAGCAAUGCUAACUGGGUACAGUUGUAGAGAAGAAUGGGUUUCCGCUAUGGUAGCCUCCUUAUCAACAUACUUGGCUCAAGAGAUAUUCCCUAUCUAUGUUGGUCAACUGGAGGAAGAGAGUGUGACUGGUAUCAGAUCACAGGCUAGGACAUCUUGGCUCAACCUUGUUGACUUGAUGAUCUCUUUUGAUAAAAGAAUAAAGUCUCUUGUAGAACAGUCUGGGAUCUUGCUUUCCCUUAGGGAAGAUGGGACUCUGUGUAAGAUUUCCUCUGCCUCUGUCUUCUGUGAUCGACCGGACUGGCUUGAUUUAUGGGCCGAAAUAGAGCUAGCUGACACAAUGGAAAAACUAAAACCAGAGAUGGAAGAAGAGAAAAACUGGACUAAGAAAGUUCAGGGGGCAGUGCUUUCUAAUUCUGAUGAUUAUAAGUGUCCUGCAGUUUCCAGCAGCUUUUUUCAGUGUUUAUCAUCUUUGAUUGAUCGAUGUCGAUCAUUGCCUACAGUUUCCUUGAGGUCAAGGUUUUUGAGAUUAGCUGGUACACCAGUCAUAAAAAAAUUUUUGGAUUGCUUACUUCUCAGAUGCCAAGAAGCGGAAGGAUUGACUGCCUUAACAGAUGAUGAUGCUCUAAUCAAAGUUGCAAACUCCAUUAAUGCAGCUCACCAUGCUGAAUCCAUUUUAAAAGAAUGGUGUGAGGAUGUUUUUUUCCUUGAGAUGGGAUUGGAUCAAGGUGAUGACCUUGGAGAGUCUAUUGCUGAAUAUGGUGGUAGCAAGGUUCCAAUUGAAGAUUAUGGAAAUGGUAUUUUUCAUGAGGAGAUUGUUAACUAUGAGGAUUUCAGAACACAGUGGGUUGAGAAGAUAUCUAUAGUUGUUUUGAGAGGAUUUGAUGCCCGAUGCAGAGAUUACAUGAAAAACAGGCGACAAUGGCAAGAAAAGAGUGAAGAAGGUUGGACGGUAUCGAGAACAUUGGUUGGGGCCCUGGAUUAUUUGAAGGGGAAAAUGUCAGUAAUCGAAGAAAAUUUAAACAGGCUAGACUUUGCUGGGAUCUGGAGGAGUCUGGCAGCCGGUGUAGAUCGAUUGAUUUUUAAUGGCAUACUUAUGAGCAAUGUGAAGUUUCACGAUGACGGAGUGGAGAGAUUCGGGUAUGAUUUAGAGGUCCUAUUUGGUGUUUUCAGGGCGUGGUGUCUGAGGCCCGAAGGUUUCUUCCUGAAAGCAAGUGACGGGUUGAAGUUGUUGAAGAUGGAAAAGAAGCAACUUCAAGGUAUCCCGACAGGAGGGGAGAAAUGGAUGAAGGAGAAUGGAAUUAGGCAUUUGAGUGUAGCUGAGAUUGAAAAGAUUGGGAAGAACAGAGUAUUUACAAAGUAGAAGGAUUUUGAAUUUUGGUUCCAUUCUUAUCAUUGUAGUUGAAUAUACAGUGGACUUGGAGACAUAGGCUCUUCUUCUCUUUGAUUAACCCAUUUGUUUGAGAAAAUAAUACAAUAAUAAGAAAAAUGAAAUUGCUUUGUCAUAUUUUGAGCAUCAGCAUUGUUAUUAAUUGUAAAAUUUUCAGAUUUAAACUUAUCGAGGUUUAUUAUUUGUGCUGCUUAAAGUAAAUCAUGUUGUUUUAGAACAUUGACAGACAAAUACAUUGCUAAGUUUGUCCUGUCUCUCUAACCGUCCUACAUCCAGUAUCCUUUCGUCUUUUUGUCGGAUGGAUUUUUCUUUGGGGUACUGAAAUCCAUUGCUGAAUCAGCGGCCAGUGUUCCUAAUUAUAUCCUAGAAAUCCUUUUAUUACGUUCAGGAAGACUUUUUAUGCACGAACAACAUUACAUCUCAUUCUCUUGUGCC